AUGUUGAAGUUGUGGUUUAUUGCCCUCUGGGUCACCCUGGUCAAGGCCUGGGUUGUCAAUGAAGGAACAACAUGUGUUCUGUACCCCGAAUCGCUUGUUCACCAUGGACAAGAGGUGGAUGACUCCCCAUCUAUCCAGGAAGCCUUUGACAUGUGCGGCACAAACGGAACUGUUAUUUUCUCCAAGAAUGUCUUCCACGUCAACACUGUUCUGAACACUACCAAUCUGCUGAAUUGCGAUGUUCAUCUCCGUGGUGAAUUGCGCUUCUCCACCAACCUCCCUUACUGGAGAACUCACUCGAUCAGUGUUGUUCUCCAGGAUCAAGUCACUGCUUGGCUGUUUGGAGGUACCAACGUGAACUUCUACGGCGAAGAAGGUGGUUUCUACAACGGCCAGGGUCAAGCUUGGUACAACGCCAACCGUAAUGAGUCCAACCAGCCAGGACGCCCCAUGAGCAUUACUUUCUACAACUCGACCAACCUACUUGUCGACGGUUUGCGGAUCAUCCAGCCCCAGUUCUGGGCCACCUUUGUCUGGGACAGCAAGAAUGUCUCCGUCACCAACUUGUUCGUGAACGCCACUAGCAACAGCAAAUGGGGCACCAUGAACACCGACGGUUACGAUUCCUGGAAGAGUGACUCUCUGCUUGUUGAGAACGCCACAAUCAUCAACGGUGACGAUUGCAUCGCAGCCAAGGGUAACACCACCAACCUCCACGCCAAGAACAUCUACUGCGAGGGCGGCACCGGAAUUACCAUCGGAUCUAUCGGCCAAUACCCCAACAUGCCUGACUACAACAUCAACACCACCUUUGAGAAUGUCAUCGUCAAGAACUCCAUGGACGGCGCCUACAUCAAGACCUGGCAAGGAACCCGCGUCUACACUCCCAGCAACGGCGACUGGGGUGGUGGUGGCACCGGUCUCGUGAAGAACAUCACUUUCCGCAACUUCGAGAUGAUCAAUGUCGGACUCCCCAUUCAGAUGUCGCAGUGUGUUUACUCGGCAGACAGCAACAAGGGCUGCAACACAUCGACCUUGCAGAUCGAGGAUGUCAAGUGGCAGAAUAUCAGCGGUACUUCCCGUUUCAACAUCGCUUCUUCCAUUUACUGCUCCGACGAGGUUCCUUGCCCCAAUAUCACGUUUGAUAACGUGAAUAUUACUAGCGUGAAUGCCAGUCUGGGCCUGCCUUACUACGACACUGAUAUCCACCGUGAACUAUACCAGUGCACGAACAUCGUUGGACAGAAGAACUCUGGAAUCCCCUGUAACCAGGCCGCUCCCAGCAACUUCAGCCAGUGGAUCUACGGCAAUGUCGACAGCACUGGCCUGGCAACUUUGACUUGA